AAUUGCUAAUUUGCUACGUGAGACUUUUGUAAUAUAUUAGACAUUUCGUAGUGGUUAGGUUGUUACGAAUGCAUUGAUAUAAGUGGCCUCACGUGGCAUUUCGGUAAUUUGGAAAAAAUGACUUUAUAUUGGAGUUGUGCCUGUUGUCAUAGAGACAGACUCAUCAUGGAUAUAACCAGUUUUAGCAUGGACAUUGCUAUUGAGAGCUUUCACCAUUUUAAAAGUAGUCAACUGGAGCUAUCAGCCAAUGAAGAAGAAAAUUGACUACUUUAAAAAGGGAGAUGCUAUAAUGUCACAGAUAGAUACAAAGAUGAGGCCUCUCUAUCUAUCUGUGUCCUGUUCACAUGCAUUGUGUCCUCUCAUUGGCUAGAAUGGUGGUGCAUAUUCAUUAAGUAAACUAUUUACUGUUUUUAAGAAGCAAACGGAGCAAAACAAGAGUUUAUAUUGGACAAAUUCAGGAUGUCUCGGUAUACCGACGAGCCUCGUUUCACCAUUGAGCAGAUUGACCUGCUCCAGCGGCUGAGGAGGACAGGGAUGACCAAGCCAGAGCUCCUCCACGCCCUGGACAUCCUGGAAAGACUGGAUCACCAGCACGGACACAAGUUCGGACGCCGUCCUCAGCCCGCCUAUCAGGGACCGACGCCCAAUUACAACACUAAUUCAACAUCUUCUUCGGCGUCCUCAUCAACGUCCACGACCGCCACACAGACUGGUUACCUGGAGAAUGGGAGUGGAAGUGGCGGGAAUGGCCUGUCUCCGUUGCCUAGCAACAACUAUGAUAUGUCACCGCCCCCUCCGGCAGUUGUAUCCGACCCGGUUGCUAUGGCAGUGGUGGCGCAGAACGGGCGUGGGGUUGGUGGCGGCGAUGAGCUGGUUGCCAUGACGAACGGGAAGUUGUCUCCACCACGGUUUCCUGACAGUGUAGGCGCGGUGAGUGGCGGCGUGACGGGGAGCGGCUACGGGUUUGAGGCCAGCGAGGAGGAACUAGACGUGGACGACAAAGUUGAGGAACUCCUGAGAAGGGACAGUGCCAUAAUCAAGGAGGAGAUCAAGGCAUUCCUGGGGAACAGGCGCAUCUCUCAGGCAGUGGUGGCUCAGGUCACAGGUAUCAGUCAGAGUCGUAUCUCCCACUGGCUGCUGCAGCAGGGCUCGGACCUUAGCGAACAGAAGAAGAGGGCCUUCUACCGCUGGUACCAGCUGGAGAAGACCACCCCUGGUGCAACUCUGACGAUGCGACCAGCCCCCAUGGCUCUGGAGGACGUGGUGGAGUUGCGGCAGACUCCGCCCCCUAUAAGCUCCACCCCCGGGAGCUUCCGUCUGCGCAGAGGCAGUCGCUUUACCUGGAGGAAAGAAUGUCUGUCUGUGAUGGAGAGUUACUUCAAUGAGAACCAGUACCCUGAUGAAGCUAAAAGAGAGGAGAUCUCUAACGCCUGCAACGCUGUCAUCCAGAAGCCAGGGAAGAAGCUGUCUGAUCUGGAGAAAGUCACGUCUCUGAAGGUCUACAACUGGUUCGCCAACCGACGCAAAGAGAUCAAGAGACGUGCCAACAUAGAAGCAGCAAUCCUGGAGAGCCAUGGGAUUGAAGUUCAGAGCCCCGGAGGACACUCCAAUAGCGACGAAAUCGACGGGAAUGACUUCUCUGAUCAGGGCUGUGAGGUUCCUCUGUUUGAGAAGAGAGCUGUGACCAGACCUUUCAGUCUCAGUCGACGAGACCUGUCCUCUCCCACACAGGUUCCCACCCUGCUGCCAAGCUGGCUGGCGGCUUGGCCCGGCUCGGGCAGGGGGGGCUUGGCCGUCCAGAGGGCCAGCUCUCUGAUUUGCCGAUCCUUGCUCUCGGGAGCGAGUCUCGCUCAGGGGGCAGGGACGGAGGGUUCCAGACUGACGGGUGUGUCCUGGUCUGCCCCCUCCCCCCCCUCCCUCCAGGACAACUCCUCCACCAAUCACAGCAAUGCCCUGGAGCACCAGGAUCCCAUCACUCUCGCAGUGGAGAUGGCGGCCGUCAAUCAUAGCAUCCUCGCCCUGGCCACGCAGGCGGGGGGAGGAUUGGCCCUGGGCGGGACAGGCAGUGACAUCAAGACCGAGGUGGUGGAGCCCAACUAGGGGGGACUGUGGAUGAGCGGGAGGGAUGAGAGGGACGGAAAGAUGUGUGUAUACAUGACAGUAUGAACGAGGGAGGGAAAGGUGUGUGUGUGUGUAUGUGUACAUCACAGUAAGAACGAGGGAGUGAAUACUACUGUUCAAAAGUUUGGGGCCACUUAGAAAUGUCCUUGUUUUUUGAAAGAAAAGCACUUUUUUUUUGUCCAUUUAAAAUGACAUCAAAUUUAGCAGAAAUAC